GAAGGCAACGAGUCUUUCUGUUAUUCAUUCUGAACAAUUUGAUUGGAGAGAGAGAGAGAGAGAGAGAAUGGGGAGGGAGGUAUCAGAGAGCUGUGUGGAGAGUCUGCUGACAGAGAUUGUAUCUACCUAUUGCAAUCGCUUCUACGCCAACAAGCCUGAGCUUGCAGCCCGAAGGAUCGAGGCCAUCGGCUAUCAGGUCGGCCACCAGCUCUCCGAAAGGUAUACAAUGGAGCGGCCACGGUUCAGUGAUCAUCUAGAGGCGAUCAAGUUCAUUUGCAAGGACUUCUGGUCCGAGCUCUUCAAGAAGCAGAUAGACAAUUUAAAGACAAAUCAUAGAGGUACCUUUGUAUUGCAAGAUAAUCGGUUCCGUUGGCUUUCGCGCAUGUCAGUUGAUCUAUCAUCUGAAAACUCUGGUUCCAUUCAAGAUCCUUCUGCUAUGGCUGAAAGCAAGGAAGCACAAGCAACAGGAAUGUAUCUAUACUUCCCAUGUGGAAUCAUUCGGGGAGCACUUUCAAAUUUGGGAAUCCCUUGUGCCGUUUCUGCAGAUAUAUCCAACCUUCCUGCAUGUUCAUUUGUGGUCCGGAUAAAGGCCUGAUGAGUGUAUUAGCAGAAGGGUGGGAUUUAGAUUAGUGUCUCGAGGAUAUAUGGUCUACACUGAAAAUGUGUAUUCUCCCUUCUUGACCAUAGUUUUUUUUUUUUUACUUGUUCAUACUUUCAAUUUCUCAUUUCUAUCUGAAUCUGUUUAGAACUGAAAUUGUUUUGGAGAACUUUCUUGUUCCUGUUUUCUUGAAUAAACCAUGGUGUAGAUGCUGAGUCUACGGGAAUUGCAAAAUUUAUGCGCAUUGAAAAAUGCUCACAUAUAAAAUGAAAUUUUUGGCUCAAAUUCAUUUUA